GUCGCUCUGGUUAAAAGCGUCUGCUAAAUGACUUAAAUGUAAAUGUAAGUAGAAUAGUUACACAAUCUAAAAAAGAAUAGAUUUAUUGUAUAUAGUGCUUUUCAUUACAAAGAGGAAUUUCAAAUACGCUUUAAAUCAAUCCAUUCCGGGUUCUGGCAGUGGCAAGUGCUGGUGUUCCACAGCUGACCGCGUGUUGAGGCAGUUCAGAAAGGCAGUGGUAGUGGAGGGAGUGUUGCUGGUACAGGAAGGGAGAAGUGUCAAUCAGAAACUGUAGAUGGGCCCGGAGCUCUUCUUCGGGCACCUUUGCCGUACCCUCCACAAUGUUUUUUUUGUUGUAAAUCUAGGAUAUACACUUAACACACAUGAACAGAAAUAAUCCCAUAAAGUACAGUAUUAACAAGGAAAGUCACGUAUGUGUCUUAAGUUCCCCAGUUCCACUCACAUGGGCAUGACCCGAUGCUCAGACAUGAGCUAUGUCCUUACCUGUUUCUUCAUGGUGAUACGUGGCAACUUUAUUUAAAUAAAUGAAAUUAUAACACUGUCAUGGUCAAAUUCGCUAUCGGGUCACAUCUUCACACUUCAAUCAAUACUGUCAUCCUCAUACCAAUCUUCAUCAUCACCAUUAUAAUAAUAUAAAAUCUCUAAGCCCUGCGGUGUAUUAUUUCUUAAUCCGGCCCUGACCCAAUGUAGUAAUUGUACCAUACAACCUUCUCUCUGGUAAAGCGAGUGAGAAACAACUUUCUUCUGGUGUUAUUACGGUAUAUUUGACAGUGAUGGCCAAGGGUGAGAGGCAUUUCCUCUAUUGAGGAGAAAAAGUCAAGAGGUGUCAGUCAGCUUUACCUCCCAUCUGUACAUACAAGAAAACUGUGAGUCUAAAACACUUUUUACUAAACUUCUCUUUCUCUGACAGUUAAAUAUUAUUUUCUCCUAGGUUACUAUGUCAUAGAGCUUGCAGGAAAGGCAUUUCACUGUACUUGUGCAUGUGACAUUAACUUGAAACAUGAAACUUGUCAAUGUAUCUUAUUUGUGUAAAUUGUGUCUUUAUGACAUUAUUGCUCUUUCUGUAUCUUUCUUUCCUUUUAAGUAACGAUUUUUCUGGGUGUAAUUUGAUGAGGUUUUAACAGUCUGGAAGAGCAGGGAGCUUAUUUAAACUAGACAGGAGGAGAAUGGAAGCACAGAAAAAUAACUAUCACUCAAAAUUAUUUCUCAAUUGAGUAAGCCUAUAGCUUCAAAUGUUCCUUUUCACCUCAUAAGUUUUGAUCCUGUAAGAUGUGUACGAACAGAUAAUCAACAGAUACUAAACUUACCGGACCUGGGUUCAAAUACUAUUUCAGUUAUUUCAAUUACGUUCACAUCCAUUUCAAAUUAAGUAUUCAAAUGUUUUUUUUUAUUUGAAAGUACCGUAGUUGAAUAUUGGAAUGUAUUUGAAAGUAUUGACAUAUAUUUGAAAUUACUCAAAUACAACUUAAUACUCCGAUGCAUUUGAAAUAAUGAAUUAGAAAAUAUUUUCUAAGUAUCUUUUUUAGAUUUGUUUAGUAUAUUUUUUAUAUGAAAGGAUUUGACAAUAAAUUCAAAUACUUCCAAUAGAAGUAGUUGAUUUUGGCCACGUUAUUUGAAAAUACUCAAAUACACAGAAAAUGUGUAUUUCAUCGUUUGUUAUUUAAAUACUUGUGGAUUUAAACUCGGGUCAGGAUACUACAUGGCAUUGAAAGCAACUACUGUACACAGGAGUAAUUGUGUCUGUCCCAGGUGUCCUGAGUGGACCAUUAUGUGGCUCUGGGCACUGCUUCCGAUCUGCUUGGCGGUGUUUGGCACUGUGGGCAUAUGGGUUGUGUUUGGUAUCGCUGUAUCGAAUGAGACUGUUAACAUCACAGAGAGAUUCCCCUACAUCAGUGAAUGUGGCACCUAUAAUCCUCAGAGCUGCAUCUUUGCUCAGAUCUGCAACGUCUGUGCUGUCCUGGCCCUGUGGGUUGUGGUGAUCCGGUUUCAGCAGGUCAGGGACUAUGGUCAGAACAGCAAGGUGAACAUUGCCAGUAUCGUACUGGGAUUCAUCUCCUGUGUGGGCAUCUCCAUCAUCGGAAACUUCCAGCAAUCUGUAGUGAUUGGGAUCCACUUGUUGGGUGCGUUCUUGGCCUUCUUCGUGGGCCUGGCCUACUUCUGGCUGCAGGUGUGGCUCUGCUACAAAGCCCAUCCCUUUAAAGACCGCCACUGGGUUGGACCUCUUCGAGCUACCUUCUGUAGCAUCUGCACCAUCCUGGUCAUCACCAUGGCUAUACUUCAUAAUACCAGCUACAAAUCUGGAGCGGCCGUUUGUGAGUGGGCCUUGGUCAUGUCCUUCUUUGUCCUUUUUGGCCUCUUUGGGUCUGAGUUCCGUCACAUCGACUUCCACCAGCUCACCGUGCAGAAACAAGGUCUGAAGACACAGAGCACCAAUGGAGUGGUCAGAAUGAAUUAUGUUUCAUAGUACAGCCAAUGAGACCGUGACAAUGACCAUGCAUUGAUACACUGUUCAUCGCUUAGCAUCUAAAAACACACACACACAUACACGCUGGGUUAUUUUGACCCAGCUAGUUGGGUUGCGUGAAUACCCAAACAUGGGUUAAUUUAACCAUCAUUAGUUUAUUUUUUUAUCAUCAGUUGGGUUGACCCAGCAGCUGGGUCUUUUUUUUAAUGUAAUCCAUAGGUUAUUUUCAUGAGGCGUGGCCUAUUAAGGGCAUGACUUUCAAAUAAUGAUUUUUGGCCACCUGUAAGAGUAAAGGUCAUUUCUGUUAAUCAUGUUAAGUUUGUACACUGCAAAUUUCUAUUUUUGCACAUUACAUAUUUGAAUAUAACAUCCCAACAUUGAGAUAUCCCAUAUUUUGGGAUAUGUAUUAGCAUAAGCUCUUGGGGAACUCACAUACUUGUGUAAGCCUCUUUAAAGCUUCAAACGUGUCAGUGUUUAACCUUAACAUGUGAUAACAAUACAACAGAACACAUGAACCAGAAUGUAAUUUACGCUCACGGGUGGCCAAAAAAAUAACUAUCGGAAAGCCACGCCCCUACAAAGCCAUGACUCCAGUCUUCUUAGCUGACCUGCAGGGUCAUAUCUUAAUGACCCAGCAUCAAUAACCCAGCAGUCUUUUAAAGAAAACAACCCAACUAAGUGGCCCAAUGCCUGCAACCCAGCAGUUGGGUCGAACAACCCAGCAUUUUGUUGUACACGCACAAACAACUUUUGUAUUACUGUUAUUUAUUUACUUAUUGAAUAUUAUGUUAUGAAAGUAUUGAAAAAAUGCAUAUAUUGUCUUAAAGUUAUAUAAAAAUGUUUUUAUCACAAUUCUAAUUGUCUUGUACUGUUAUUCAGUCAAGCGGAUCUAAGAUUUUCCCCCUUUGGUUUUAUUUUUGUA